AUGAUUGAGAACCUCGCAAAUGAGAUACUCCUCCGCAUCUUCGGUGAGUUAGAGCUCCCAGGAAUUAUUGCGUCGAGGGGAGCUUGUCGAAAAUGGCGGCAGCUCGUCCCCUACACGCAGUUCUUGCCGAUUCGUAGGGCUAUGCUCGAGUUCUACGACGAGCUUGUGGCGACCCCUCUUUUCCACCAGACUCGUCCAUGGGUGCUCGCAAACCUCCAGAAGUUCGACCGCCAGACGUACCUCAACAAACUUCUGCGUCAAUACCCCUCCGUUCCCGAGGACUUCUCCUGUUGGGUGCUCGAAUGGCCAGCACGAGCUACCAUCGCCUUUUCGUGGCCUGGACUUCCUCGAAAGAAGUAUAAUGAAGAUUACGCAGACGAUAUCAACGUCGUCGGCGGCAUCCCUUGGCUGGUGUACCCUCAAGUUUCUGCACUCAUGGUCAGCGACGAGAUCAAGCGUACGGCAGAGUACAUUCCUGCACUCCUGGUCCAUCACCACAGCCUCGCUACAUGGUUGCUCCUGGACAAACGAAAAGAAUUUAGCGGGAAGGUGUUCAUUUCUGGGAUGGCGGAGAAUCGGAUGGUCAUUUCGGCGGGCGAAGGGGCAUUCCAACUCAACUGGUUGUAUCCCGACUGGAUGGCCUAUCAACGGAGAAUCUGGGAAAUCGUUAUGAAAGCAGCUGAGAGUCGAACAAAAGCAGGACGGUUGAUCUGGAGCAAAGUUGAAGACAUACCUGUGGACAAUUCGGAGGAUUCGAUGGCGGACAUAUCCAAAAUAAUUGCUCCAGCCUGGUUGCGCAAGGAUCAUAACCCUCAUGCCCAAGCUUUGCUAGACAUCGAGCGGGAUCGUCUGCACGACUUAUAG